UAAACCACUUGGACUGUAAAACACAACAAAUCAUAAACCAAGGAAAAGAGCCGUACCCACCAAAUGAGUUCCUAUUUUGCAAACUCUACAUUCCCAGUGACUCUGGCAGGAGGACAGGAAUCGUUCUUAGGACAGAUACCCUUAUACUCCGGAUACACAGAUCCAUUACGAAACUAUCCCACCAUUGCUUAUGGAGCUAACUGUGUACAGGAGAAGGCAUACCCUUCUUCAUUUUACCAACAGACUAACAAUGAUUACGGCAGGGCGACUGCCCUCGGUGCCUGCAAUUACCCGGCGGCCAGCUUUUACAGAGAAAAAGACACCGCUUGUGGCCACUACAACAUGGAAGAACAACCCGUUGUCUCAAGUCAGGACCAUCGGACAGCUGACUGCACAGGUUCGACAGGGAAACUCAUCUACACUGAAGUCGACGAACACAAGUCAUUAGUACCAGUUUACCCGUGGAUGCAACGAAUGAACUCAUGUAAUGGGACCUUCAGUAACCCUGGUCGAAGGGGUCGUCAGACUUACACGCGCUACCAGACUCUUGAGUUGGAGAAAGAGUUUCAUUUUAACAAGUAUCUCACUCGAAGGCGUCGCAUUGAGAUUUCUCAUACACUGUGCCUGACAGAACGACAGAUCAAGAUUUGGUUCCAAAACCGGAGAAUGAAGUGGAAAAAGGAAAACAAAUUAAUCAACCCCUUGCAAACCAGUACCGAGAAGACGGAUGAGAAGACGAUAGAAUAAAAUGACUAAGUAAAAUGUGAAAAAAGGAAAACUGAAAACACUCACAUUAUAAUCAGGAAUAAAAACGUUUUUAAAUUGGCCCCCAGUCAAUGUAUUAAUAAAUUCGUUGUAGCAUUCCACUUAUAUAGUUCCAUUUUUUUUGUUUUAUUUGCUUA